ACAUUUGUGGACAACUACGACCCGACCAUUGAGGACACUUACCGCAAGUACAUGAUAGUGGACGGACACCACUAUAUGGUGGAGAUCGUGGACACUGCCGGCACCCGACAGUUCUCGGCGAUGAGGGAACAGUACAUACGGUGCGGACACGGCUUUGUACUCGUUUACUCUAUAGCCGACAAGUCUACGUUCGCCGAGGCUCUGGCAAUACGGCGCCAAAUACUGGAGAUCAGGACUAAUGGCACUGAUGGUGAGCCCAGUGGCACCGGGGCUGCCGUACACCCAACUCUACCCCCGAUGAUCUUGGUUGGCAAUAAAAGUGACCUGGUCGAUGAGCGUGAGGUCAGUACGUUUAGGGCGGCCCAUACGGUGAACCGGGAGCUAAAUGGCUGUCCAUUUGUCGAGUGUUCGGCCAAAUGCGAGAUUAAUGUGUCCGAAGUGUUUACUGAUGUCGUCCGACAGAUCAAUGGCCAGAGAGGUAGUGAUGGCACGGAUGGAGUGCCCGGCGCUAAGAAGUCCAGGCGCCGGAGUCGCUGGUUUUACUCGACCACUGCCGACCCGACCAAGGUGCAUCAAGCAAUUGUUGACAAAAUGACCAACACUGAAUUGCCACUAAAAACCGACACCUAUUAUGUGGCGCAAAAUCAUAAAACUGGCAAUUGGUUGGUGUGGGCCGGAGGGGUGGGCACUGUUAGCCAACACCUGGACAUUAAAAAGAUUAAGUAUCAACAUAUAUUUCACAAAAUGGACCAUGCUAAAACAAUGGUCGCUGAAGGGGCUUAUGAUAAUCAGAUUCUUUGCCACAAUUCUGCCAAAAACAAGACUAAUAUCAAUGACUGGCGUUUCUUUGAUGUAGAGGUCUAUUGA